ACGUGAAAACUCUCGUAGGCACUUUAACAAUGGAGUCCACACAAGUUCCAGAGCCUUCUUCAUCAGAUCUCACUCUGCCCAGACUAAAGCCUCAAGCUGAGGCUCUUGUCACCAACAGCAUCAAGCCUCACUCCAGCACCAUCCGCCUGGAUCCCUUCAGCUCCAGCAAUUUACGACUGGAACCUCUGAGCACCAGUACCCUCCGUGUAGACCCUCUGAGCUCCAGCAUGCUGCGCCAGGUGCCUAUCAGCCCCAGCAUGCCCAGCCUGGAUCCACUAAGGCUGGGCAGCAGCCUCCGUAUAGGCACCCGUAGCUCCAACACAUCUCAUCUGGACCCACUCUACCUGAGCACCCCUCACCCAAACCUGCCUACUAGCUCCAGCGGGCUAUGCCCGGAGUCCCAGAGCAGUGGUGAGAUGCCCAAGACUGACCAGGGAGACUCCAGAGCCUUUUCAGUGUUACCUGACCCUCCCGUUGGUCUUUGGCCUAAGGUGGAAGGGACUCCUAUCCAUAAACCUGAGCCCCCUCCCCAUGUAAACCUCCCUGAUCCCCCCAACUCCUCCUGUCUUAAGCCUGGGGUUCUGGUUAACCACAACGGGCCCAGGUCCAGCUCCAGGGCAGGCCUCCGUGUGCACUUUAAACUGCCUGAGGAUGGAACGGAAAACCAGAGUGAAGCAUCCAAUAGCCAUUCAUAUGAAGAUAUGUCGCAGUUGGCCAAUAAGGAACCACCUGCAGUACUGGCCAAGCCCAAACUAGACCCUGUCCAGCUGCAGCUUCUGCACAACAAGGUGCUUAUGGAGCAGCAGCAGACUGAGACUGAGCCAAACGGAGCCACCAAGAGCCAACCGGAGGCAUCUGCCUGGCCAGCCCAGACACACCACGAGUCCCAGGCACAGACCCAAACCCAGCCUCAGUCAAACCUGCCCUGUUCAUCUACCCCCAUGCUCCUGCAGACCACCCAUGCCGCACCCAUACUGACCACAGCCCCAACACCCUUUCUCAACUCUGCCCCUGUGACAAGCUUGAACACUACCCCUACACCCCAGCUAGACACUAGUCCCCCUGCCCACCUGGUAAACAUUGCAUCUGCACCGCUACUGAACCCAUACACCACCCAUUCCUAUUCUACUUCUUCACCCCUGCUAAACACAAGCCCUGUACCACCAAAGAACACUACCUCUGCAAUGCUACUGAACACCGCCCCUCCUGCACCAGUUAUGGGUACCCUGCCGUCCCUUCCUCAAUUGAAGACAGCUCCUUUUUGUAUGAGCUCCCCUCCAUCUGCCUCUCUGCUGAGAACUGUUCCUGCACCACACCUGUACACCAGCCCUGCAUCCCCACCCUAUAUGACCCAGCAAAACACCACACAUUCUUCCCAGCUGAAUUUAACGCACUCAUCCCUGCCUAAAGCCAUUCACGUACCCAAGUUUAGCACACCACCCACACCUCAUCUGAAUACAGCCCCCACAGCGUCUCUCAGCGCCAUCCCUGCAGCUUUCAACAAAGCCCCCACAACCAUGCAGAACACCUCCCCCACUCCCCUGCUCAGAACAACCCACGCCUCCCUCCUCAACCUGGCUCCUACGUCACAGAGCUUCAACUACUCUAGGCCAAAGGAGUUCAUCACUGCCCAGACUCCCCUCUCUCCAUUUAGGAGUCCCUCUCCUACAGAGUCCCCCGUUCCGUUGCUCCACAAGCUGGCUGCCGAGCUCAACUCCUCCAACCCCAACCAGUUCUCUCCGCAACCCAGAGUCGUACCCACCAGAGUCCUCAAGUCACCCACCAGCCCCCCUUCCUUCAUGUCCUCCCCCACCUCCCUGACCAUGUUGCCUGCUGCCUACCUAAACUCUGUGUUCGCCCUGCCACAGCAGUCGCCCCCGCAGGCAGCGUCCCCGACCUCCAGUACCUCCAGCCCCAUCCAGAACCAUGUGGCCUUCCUCAGCUCUGUCCUGCCCUCUCUACACACCACACAAGCCACCAACUCUAUGGGCCUGCCCAGGAGUGCUCAUAGGCCACUUCAAGGCAUACUGAAGAAGUUGCCUACAAGCACUCGUCCUAUUUUUGAUGAUGAUAUUCGUAGCAGCCAACAAACUCUCCUCCACGAUAUUGAGAAAAAGCUUAGGAUCAAUGAAGAUUUAAUGCGUGGUCAUGUACAACAGAAGCCGACUACUUAUGAGGGGAAAACAGCGAGCAGACACCUCGGACCAAACAUUCCCGCCACUGUCUUUAACUAUGACGAGGAGUACAAAGUGUCCAACUUUGAGCAGAGGCUGAUGAGUGAGAUAGAGUUCCGUCUGGAGCGCACGCCAGUCGAGGAGUCCGAUGACGAGGUACAACACGAUGAGAUCCCAACAGGGAAGUGCAUCGCUCCCAUGUUUGGCAAAAAACUGAAGAACUUCAGGGCCAUGGAGGGUGUGCCUAUGACGUUCUCCUGUAAAGUGGUGGGGAUCCCUGUACCUAAGGUUUACUGGUUCAAGGAUGGCAAGCAGAUCUUGAGAAAAAAUUAUCAUUAUAAGAAGAUACGAGAGGGGGACGGAACCUGUGCCCUACACAUAGAGGUCACCAAUAACGACGAUGAUGGCAACUACACUGUCCUGGCAGCUAACCCCCAGGGACGAAUCAGCUGCUCCGGUCAUUUGAUCAUCCAAACAGGUCCUCUCCGAAACCGAAUGACACCUAUGAUUCACUCUCAGAGGGUGCGGGCCCGCAUACAGGAAGUGGAAGAGGGUGAACCAACCCAGGAACGCUUCUUCCAACCUCACUUCCUCCAGGCUCCAGGGGACAUGGUGGCUCAUGAGGGCAGAGUCUGUAGAUUAGACUGCAAGGUUAGUGGCCUUCCAAACCCAGAGCUGAUGUGGCUGAUCAACGGGAGGCCCAUCUACCCAAACUUCUACCACCAGAUGCUGGUGAGGGAGAAUGGAAUCCAUUCCCUUGUCAUAGACCCUCUAAAACAGGACGACGCUGGGACAUACACUUGCAUUGCCAGCAACAAAGCAGGACAGAGCUCCUUCGGUCUAGAGUUAAGAGUUGUGGAAAAAGAGAUGAAGCAGGUCCCCCAGUUUGUGGAGAAGCUCCAGAACACAGGCAUCGCAGAGGGCACCCCCGUCCGACUGGAGUGCAGGGUGCUGGGCAUGCCUCCACCUGUCAUCUACUGGAAGAAAGACAAUGACACCAUUCCUCACACCAAGGCCAGAGUCAGCUUACACCAGGAUGCCACUGGAUAUGUUUUCCUCCUGAUUCAGCCAACCAGGAAAGAGGAUGCUGGCUGGUACACCGUAUCAGCAAAGAAUGAGGCUGGAAUUGUUUCAUGCACAGCGAGACUAGACAUCUAUGCCCAGUGGCAUCAACAUGUUCCUCUGCCUAUGAAGAAGGCUCCGUGGUAAGGCAGUCGCUAUGCAGCACUGACUGGCCAAGGCCUAGACAUCAAGUCUGCCUUUCCCACGACGGACAACAGCCCCAUCCUGUUCUCCAGCUCACCUACGGAGGCACAGUUGGAGAGCGAUGAGCUGUGUAAGAAGCAGACACACUCUGCCACAGGGUUGUAAAAGUCUAUAAACUUCCCCAUAAUGCACAGGUUUUUCAGAAAUUCUAGUUGAAAGUUUUGGAAAAUUUAUGGAAUUUUGCCAACCUACUUCACCAGCAACCUAAUCACCACUGGCCCUUUGAACCUACAAACUACUCUUCUCUGGAGUCUCGUAGGGACGGUUUCCCAGACACAGAUUCAGCCAAGUACUGAACUAAAAAGCAUGCCCAAAUAGAGACUCUCAAUUGAAAUGGUCUAAUCUACUAGUCAAUCUAAUCUGUGGUGGCUAGUAGGAUUAAGAGAUGGAAGAGCAGGACUAUAAUCUGAGCAGUUUGUUUCAUCUGGUUUAUGUGAUACAUUUGAAGUGAUACAUUAAAGUUAGAAUGACAAAAACGGUUCGAUUUUAAACUGUCAACCUAAUGCUGUUGUGUUUGCUUGUCCGCCAUUCCUAUUGAAUUGUAUCAUUUGAAGCAUCUGAUUCACAAAAAACAGACACACUCGCCAAGUCUUAGUUCACGUGCCACCAAGUCAACUAUAAUCUUCCAAUAGAUCAGAUGUAUUAUUUUAUUUAUUUUUGAUUAGUUAGAUUGAUAUGGCGGCGGAUAGACUAACGGUUAGAGCGUUGAGCCAGUAGCUAAAAUGUUACUACUUCGAAUCCUCAAGCCAACAAGGUGAGAUAUAUAAUAUAAUAAUAAUAUAAUAAUAAUAUAUGCCAUUUAGCAGACGCUUUUAUCCAAAGCGACUUACAGUCAUGUGUGCAUACAUUCUACGUAUGGGUGGUCCCGGGAAUCGAACCCACUACCCUGGCGUUACAAGCGCCAUGCUCUACCAACUGAGCUACAGAAGGACCACCAGAUAUCUGCAAUGUACCCUUGAGCAAGGCAUUUAACCCUAAUUGCUCCAGCAACAAGGUGAUAAUGGCAGACCCUGGCCGUGACCCCACUCUCUGAGGGUGUCUCAGGGAGAGUUGGGAUGUACAAAAACACAUUUCCAAUUCACACAUGCGUAUUAGUACACACUUGUACAUGUGUUAAAUAGGAUAAAUAUAAUAUAACUUCUGACCCAUUGGAAUUGUGAUACAGUGUAUUAUAAUUGAAAUAAUCUGUCUGUAAACAAUUGUUGGAAAAAUUACUUGUCAUGCACAAAGUAGAUGUCUUAACCGACUUGCCAAAACUAUAGUUUGUUCACAAGAAAUUUGUGGAGUGGUUGAAAAACGAGUUUUAAUGCACUCCAUGCAUAACCUAAGUGUAUGUAAACUUCCGACUUCAACUGUGUGUAUAUAUAUAUAGUACCAGUCAAAACUUUGGACACCUACUCAUUCAAGGGUUUUUCUUUAUUUUUUACUAUUUUCUAGAAUAAUAGUGAAGGCAUCCAAACUAUGAAAUAACACAUAUGAAAUCAUGUAGUCACCAAAAAAAGUGUUAAACAAAUUCUUCAAGUAGCCACCCUUUGCCUUGAUGACAUCUUUGCACACUCUUCACUCUUGGCAUUCUCUCAACCAGCUUCAUGAGAUAGUCACCUGGAAUGCCUUUUAAUUAACAGAUGGCCCUGUUAAAAGUACAUUUGUGGAUUUUCUUUCUUUCUAAAUGCAUUUGAGCCAAUCAGUUGUGUUGUGACAAGGUAGGGGUGGUAUACAGAAGAUAGCCCUAUUUGGUAAAAUAGUCCAUAUUUUGGCAAGAACAGCUCAAAUAAGCAAAGACAUGAAGGUCAGUCAAUCUGGAAAAUGUCAAAAACUUUGAAUGUUUCUUCAAGUGCAGUCAAAAAAAACAUCAAGCGCUAUGAUGAAACUGGCUCUCAUGAGGACCGCCACAGGAAAGGAAGACACAGAGUUACCUCUGCUUCAGAGGAAAAGUUCAUUAGAGUUAACUGCUCCGCAGAUUGCAGCCCAAGUAAAUGCUUCACAGAGUUAAAGCAACAGACAUAUCUCCACAUCAACUGUUCAGAGGAGACUGCAUGAAUCAGGCCCUCACAGUCGAAUUGCUGCAAAGAAACCACUACUAAAGGACACCAAUAAGAAGAAGAGACUUGCUUGGGCCAGGAAACACGAGCAAUGGACAUUAUACCAGUGGAAAUCUGUCCUUUGGUCUGAUGAGUCCAAAUUUGAGAUUUUUGGUUUCAACCGCCGUGUCUUUGUGAGACAGAGUAGCGGAACUGAUAAUAUCCGCAUGUGUGGUUCCCACCAUGAAGCAUGGAGGAGCAAAUGUGAUGGUGUGGGGGUGCUUUGCUGUUGACACUGUCUGUGAUUUAUUUAGAAUUCAAGGCACACUUAACCAGCAUGGCUACCACAGCAUUCAGCAGUGUUACGCCAUCCCAUCUGGUUUGUGCUUAGUGGGACUAUAAUUUGUUUUUCAACAACAACCUCCAGGCUGUGUAUGGGCCAUUUGUCCAAGAAGGAGAGUGCAUCAGAUGAACUGGCCUCCACAAUUACCCGACCUCAACCUAAUUGAGAUAGUUUGGGAUGAGUUGGAGUGCAGAGUGAAGGAAAAUCAGCCAACAAGUUCUCAGCAUAUGUGAGAACUCCUUCAAGACUGUUGGAAAAGCAUUCCUCAUGAUGCUGGUUGAGAGAAUACCAAGAUUGUGCAAAGCUGUCAUCAAGGCAAAGGGUGGCUACUUUGAAGAAUCUAAAAUAUAAUCUGAUUUAACACUUUUUUAGUUAUUACAUGACUCCAUAUGUGUUAUUUCAUAGUUUUGAAGUCUUCACUAUUAUUCUACAAUGUAGAAAAUAGUAAAAAUAAAGAAAAAUCAUUGAAUGAGCAGGUGUGUGCAAACUUAUGAUUGGUACAGUACUGUAUAUCUUUAAAAUUCUAUCAAGAAUUGUUUCGACAAUAUUAUUGAAUUUCUCAUGAUAAUUCAGACAAAACAGAAUAUUUCACAAGGAAUACAUUAUUUGUAAAUGCACACCUUUGCACCGUAGUUAUGUUGGGAGAGCAUAUUGAUAGCAGCUGGAAAAGCAAGUGAACUACUGUAAGCAAAGGGUUCAAGAGCAAUGGGCAACGUGCAACAAAAAAACACUAACAGUACAGAUAGCAAUAAAAACUGUACCAUAGAGGCAGCUAAAAACACUUUUUUUUGUUCCUGUUUUGCAUGUUAUUUUGGCAUUAAUACGUCUGAGGAAAAAGGAAACUGCACACUGCUCUUGAUAGUAUCACUGAUCUUUAAUAAGCUUUACGUAUCGGCCUCAUGUGCAGUUUCCUUUUUCCUCAUCUUAUCCAACUCUUACCAUGCACCUGCACAAAAGAUAGCUCAGAUGUGCGAGUGCCUUUUGAAUUUUGGCAUUAAUACGUCUCACAUAUCUGUUUGCAAACAAUGUAAUAUAAAAAUAAUAAUAAUUGAGUUAAUAAAUCCGAAUACAAACUUGGUCUCUUUUUUGCUUUCUUGAGGAAGGUGGCUCCAAAUCAAAUGUUAUGGGUCGCAUACACAUUUUUAGCAGAUAUUAUUGCGGGUGUAGCGAAAUGCUUGUAGGCAGAGUGCUUUCCGUGGUGGUGGGGCAGCCAGCGGGAAAUACUGUGCAUAGGGGUUGGUAAUGUUCUCUAGUUGCGCCGUGAUUGGCUCAGUGUUCUGUCACUCAUGGUUACACUACGUCACUGCAAAAUCUAAGGUUUGGCUCCAUCCAUCUUCCCAUCAAUUUUAACCAUCUUCCCUGUCCCUGCUGAAGAAAAACAGGCCCAAACCAUGAUGCUGCCACCACCAUGUUUGACAGUGGAGAUGGUGUGUUCAGGGUGAUGAGCUGUGUUGCUUUUACGCCAAACAUAACGUUUUGCAUUGUUGCCAAAAAGUUCAAUUUUGGUUUCAUCUGACCAGAGCAGCUUCUUCCACAUGUUUGGUGUGUCUCCCAGGUGGCUUGUGGCAAACUUUAAAUUACACUUUUUAUGGAUAUCUUUAAGAAAUGGCUUUCUUCUUGCCACUCUUCCAUAAAGGCCAGAUUUGUGCAAUAUACGACUGAUUGUUGUCCUAUGGACAGAGUCUCCCACCUCAGCUGUAGAUCUCUGCAGUUCAUCCAGAGUGAUCAUGGGCCUCUUAGCUGCAUCUCUGAUCAGUCUUCUCCUUGUAUGAGCUGAAAGUUUAGAGGGACGGCCAGGUCUUGGUAGAUUUGCAGUGGUCUGAUACUCCUUCCAUUUCAAUAUUAUCGCUUGCACAGUGCUCCUUGGGAUGUUUAAAGCUUGGGAAAUCUUUUUGUAUCCAAAUCCGGCUUUAAACUUCUUCACAACAGUAUCUCGGACCUGCCUUGUGUGUUCCUUGUUCUUCAUGAUGCUCUCUGCACUUUUAACGGAACUCUGAGACUAUCACAGUGCAGGUGCAUUUAUACGGAGACUUGAUUACACACAGGUGGAUUGUAUUUAUCAUCAUUAGUCAUUUAGGUCAACAUUGGAUCAUUCAGAGAUCCUCACUGAACUUCUGGAGAGAGUUUGCUGCACUGAAAGUAAAGGGGCUGAAUAAUUUUGCACACCCAAUUUUUCAGUUUUUGAUUUGUUAAAAAAGUUUACAAUUUUAUAUCUUUAUGUUUGAAACCUGAAAUGUCGCAAAGUUCAAGGGGGCCGAAUACUUUCGCAAGGCACUGUAUAUACUGUGUAUAAGCUGGGUGUAGAAGCCUAAGUGUUUUUGUCAAUCAUUUUUCUCCAAUUAGGGGAGGGGUGGUAGGAUUAGGGGAAAAUAAUAGUCAGUCCUUGCAUAAAUAGCUCGGUCUAUGAAUUUGAGAGUAGUUACAUUUCUCCACCCCCAUCCCUCAGCUGUUUACCGAAACAACAGCAGCCAGGGGGUGACCACUUUGGUGUAGAUUCAGUCCGGACCAUGGAAGAUCCACACUAUAUCGCGUUUGAAAUUUGAAGGCAAUGUUCCCAUGUUCGCAGAGAUUGCAUUCACGGUAAACGUUGCAUAUGUCGGCUGAAUCGGACAUUACCUCUACAUUUCAAUCACCCUAUAACGCGGAUCUUCCUCGGUUCGGAUUGAAUCUAGCCCUUUGUUUGAAUUGCAGAUUGCCCCUUUAAAAGCCACAGUCUGUAAGACUUCCAGUAAUUUCAACUAAUGAUAUAUAGCCUACCCUUAGAGAUUGAGAUAAAUACAAAAACAAUUCUUACCAUACACCAAAACAUGGGACCUAUGACUCUACUGUUUAUGUUUCUGUUGUUAUGAGACUUGUAUAGCUUACCAUUAUGUUUAGAAAAGUAAUGUUGCAUUCUCAUGGAAUGGCAUUCAUUGACUCCUACAUAUAUAUCAUAUAAAUCAAUAGAUGUGCAUGUGAAAAUGUCAUAGGAUGCACGUGCUCCAUUGAUAACAUUUU